CGUUGUUGUAGCUAGAAAUUGUCUCCGUUGCGAUUGCAUCUGAUGUUUCAAAUCAGAUUAAAGUCGACGAUCCGGACGAUAUUAAAAACAUUGGAAGGACUCUCGUGACUGUCAAUGAUGAGAUGAGAAUGCCUGGAAUCAUAUUAAUGACGAGACUAAACUUUUUCGUGAGAAUGUCGCUGAAAAUUUGGAGACUAUCGUUGGAUAAGUUGCCACGUCCUUAACUCAGAACAGCUAGAGUAUCUUACUCAAGAACGCGAAAAAUGGGAAUACAGUCGAAGAUAUGAUCGAUAGAACGAUGAACAAUUGGUUGAGUUACAAUUAACAUCCAACGAAAUUUAUGGUGAUAUCUAAAAUCUCGAUUCGCUAACGUUUUACGCCUGGGUAGAAUGAAUAGAUGUGUACCUGUUGACAAAUGAAGUUGAUGGAUCCAAAUUUAUCACUUCAUCAUUAUUAUCUUUCCCUUCACGCUUUCCGUAUUAAUUAUUGCAAAUUGCCACAAAAGUAUAUGAAACAAGUCAUUCCGAGGUUUAACGAUCAGCUGCUUACCUAUCUGAUGUGCUACUGGUUUGACAGCUUGAAAACAACAGACGAAGUCGACACGCUGCUCAAAAGUUUUAAAAAGAGACACUUCCAUGUAUUUUUCAUGAAAGAUAGGUACAACCAGUAUUACGACAUCACGAGGAAUCUUAAGAAACUUAGGAAAUUCAGGAUGAGCAACACGGCUACACCGCCUAUUGCUGGAACAUAGGGCAAAAAUCGACAUAAGGACAAGGAAAGUCGGUACAAGGUUUUCACUGCAUUUGACGAAUGUCCAUAAGUAUAUCACAGCGAGUUUAGUCAAGACAGUAGGCUUGCUACCUGUUCUUAUUGCUUGCUUUGAUGAAGUAUUGCGGCAUCUGUAAUUUUAGCCGCAAAAACGGCCCCACCGCCACCUAAUUUGAUGGAGACGCUGACAAAAUAAUCUCAGAGGAACAGCUUGUUCAAAUCGUGAUGAAUGAGGAGAAAGACGCAGAUGUUUGAACAAUUGAAGACACUGUUAUUCCUAGAGGUUUGAUAGCUUAAAAAGCAAUGAAGAUGUCUUGAAUCUGCUUCGUCGCAGUGGGUUGGACAUGAGUAGUAGCGAUUCCUGUUAUAAGUCGUUUCAGGAAUUUCGCACGAACACGGCCAAAUUUAUCAAAAUCACUUUGUCCGAGAACGUACCAACGCCAGCAGGCAACACGAUUGUCCACGACAACAACUAUAAAUGCUCGCUGCUCGCUGCGUACGAGACCUCUCUUGCCGAUUACUAUGAGAAAAAUGCAGCAUAGAUUGCUCGCUGUCCCUAAGGCUGUUUCUGACAAGUCUGAAUUUGCGCCAGUCUGCGAAGUUAUCUUUGAAUAUUGCAGACUCAGCCACGCAACUUGAAAGUGAGCAAAUCCGACUCUGAUACGCUCAGGGAAAUCUUUUGGACGAGAUAAAUGGCUCACCUGGUUCCAAUCUCCAACUUCGGCCGUUUUUUGAUAAGUGUAUUGAAAUUGCUGACGAAAUUGUUAAGUAUAGACCUAAGCUUAGGUAUGAUCUGAUCGACAUAUUCAGAGGCGCUACGACAACACUGUUCUGACCUCAAUUGUCAGAGAAGAGGUGCUCAAACACUCGCACAGUGCUUCACGUGUGGAAGACGUGUAUUUUUUGUACUUAUUUAGUAGGAUGAUAAGUCCUAACAGACUCUCGAAUCUGAUCAAUGAAGGAAAUGAAAAGAAUACUAAGUCUGAUAUCCUUGUUGAGAAUUAUCGGCAGUUUGUCGACAGCAUGGGUCCCCCUAAUUUAUCAGAUGAUAUCAAAAAUUGGUGUAAGACAAAAAAAAACUAGAAAGCACAGUUGGACAUUCUUUUUGUGGCACUGUAGACACAGCUUAUGAGCGUGACAUAUUUCUUUGAGACGGAAAGAUAUUUGCUGCAUAUAAAAUCUACAUUCGCGCUCACAAUAAAGCGAAAUCAUUUGCGCAGAUGAAAUUGCUCCCUGCACUUACCGCUCGGUUUGGUGAUCGUGAUACAUCGACCAUGAUUCUAGCAGCUAAAAUGCACCCAGAGACUGCAAAAGUUGCCGAACUUCUUGAAUUUUUCUCCACGACUAACAUUUUGUACUCAAGAUUUCUUGCACAAAUUUAAAAAUUGUGUUUCAUUAGUACAAGA